AUGGCUGCAGAACGAGGAGAAGUGCGGUGCUGCGCAAAACAUGACUGCCGUUCUCUCCGCCCUUAUUUCCUUUAUGCUCCCGCUUCCACUCUCCCCUGUACGUUCACCAGUGCCAUCCCUCUCACCCUUCCGCACUCGCAUCCCGCUCUCUCGCCCAUCACAGGGAGCAUGGUGCUGCGCCCGCCAUCUGCACGCGACAGCAGUGGUGCACUUCAUAACAAGGGGCCUUCAUUGAGAAUCAACUCGAAUAUCACCUCUUUCUUUUCAUCCCUAUCUCCCUCCUUGUCUUCCCGCAUAACAGAGAGCGGAGGGGCACCAACUCUGCAGGCAACAGCGGUGGUGCACUUUAUAGGGGGAACCUUCGUGAUUUUUUAUUGCACUCAAAAUUCACCUCCUCGCUUCCACCUGCCUGUCUCCCUGCACACUCGCACUCGUCCAUCUCUUUCCAUCACAGGGAGCGUGGGUGCUGCGCCCGCCAGCCCCUCUGCAGGCGACAGCGGUGGUACACUUCAUUGGGGGAGCGUUUGUUGGCGCGUCUCCUCAACUCACCUACCGCCUCUUCCUCACCACGCUGGCACAGAGAAAGCAUUAACAUCUCAUAUUUUUCACCUCCCUCCCUCCCUCCCUCCCUCCCUCCCUCCCUCCCUCCCUCCCUCCCUCCCUCCCUCCCUCCCUCCCACCCACCCUCCCUCCCUCCCUCCCUCCCUCCCUCCCUCCCUCCCUCCCUCUCUCCCUCCCACCCUCCCUCCCUCCCUCCCUCCCUCCCUCCCUCCCUCCCUCCCUCCCUCCCUCCCUCCCUCCCUCCCUCCCACCCUCCCUCCCUCCCUCCCUCCCUCCCUCCCUCCCUCCCUCCCUCCCUCCCUCCCUCCCUCCCCCUUAAUCGUCUUCCUCUUUCCUAGGGGUCUGAUGGUGGUUGCAACGCCGUACGCGAGUGGCUUUGACCAUCUGAGGAUCGCAGACGAGGCGCAGUUCAGAUUCGACCGCUGCAUGCGCUCGCUCUCGCUUAAAGCCCAGCCGCCCAACGAUGAGGCCAGUGCAGCCAUACCGCUGUUCUCGCCAGUCAUCAUGCCCAUGGCGCAGAGCCUCGGCCCCAUCCUCACGCAGCUGCUCAACAACCCCACCCUCAAACUAGGGGCUGACGUGGCAGUGAAGCAGCUGAGGGAUCUGAACGCACCAAUGGUGGCACAGCUGCUACCGCUGCUGGAGCAGCUGCCUCCACUCUACCGCGACCUGUCUGACGGACGUGAUCAGUUCACACCUGCUCCAGCUGAGACCCGCCGCCUGGCCCAGACGUACUACGGGGUGCGGCGCAACCUGCUGGUGCGAUUCAAGGAUGACACCAUCGACGAGACCGCUGACCUGGCGGACACCCUGGCAGCGGGCAGCGCUGUGUCAGCGUGCCUGGACCUCGCCAUGCGCACGCUGCCAGGCGACCACGUGCGGCCACUGCGCCAGGUGGUUCCCGAGAUCCCACAGACUGUCGCUGACGUGGUCUCCCGCGGCAGCUCCCUGCUUGCCUCCAUGACAGCUGGCACGCCGCUCGCUGACCUGGCGCGCGGCGUCAGCGACACGCUGACGGGGGCGGUGGGGCUGGGGGGCGAGGGGGAGGGCAUGGGAGGGGGGCUGGGGGGGAUGCAGCGUGAUGUGAGGGAGGACAUGGAGCAGCUGGUGGAUGAGCUGGCACCCUUCUUGGGUGCCUUAUUUCGACCUGCCCGAGCGGGUGAUCAGGACGCGGCUCUCUCGCUGCUCGCCAUUCUCCUGCGCGUGCGACCCGCCACUCUCCAGCAAGUGCCCGACGCGCUGCUGCCGCCCAUAAAAGACAAACAAAGGCCGUCCAGUGCCCAGCAGCCACCCACCAAGGAUGGUGCUUCAGCAGGCACCCACGUGGCAGAGGGGGAUAGGCUGGCGAUCCUUGCAUGGAUAUACGGGCAGGCAGCACGGGCGGACAGGGUGGCGGGCAUGUCGCUCUUUAUCCACUGCCUGCUGCCGCCUGCCAUCCACCCCACCGCCUCCCCCGCCACCACGCACCUCGCCCUCACCUUCCUCGAGGAGGUGGUGUUGGAGAAUCGCAGGAAGGCAUAUGCGGAGCUGCACAGGGGCGCUGUGAGGGGCGGGCUGCGCCUCGUGCCGCCUGAGGCGCUGCAGUCGUUCCUGCUCGCCGCCUUCCCUGCCAAGGGCGAUUGCACUGAGUUCACUCCCCGUUUCGCCCACGCGUACCUGAUAGUGAAGCAGCUGGCGCUGGUGAAGGGCACCAUCACUGGGGGGGACGCUGGCGACUCUGACGCCGCCUCACAGGCCUCCCUUGCCCGUGCCAAGUCCAGCCAGGAAGCUGCGGAGAAGCUGCUUCCUCUCAUGUUUGACGCUUCACGAGAGGGGUCGGAGGAGGCGAGGGAGGAGGCGGGUGCCAUCGUGGUGUGGUGCCUCAUUGAGAACCCCUCCUGCUACUCCCAAUGGGAGCGGCUGCACAGCGGGACAGUGGACACGUCGCGGCACAUGCUGGCGGGCGUGGAGCGGCGGUGGGAGGAGGUGAAGCUGCAGCUCGCCCCCUAUGCGCCCCUCCGAGCCUUCCUGCACGCCAUCCGCCGACAGCACGCGCAAGCUCUGAGGGCUCUCGACCAAUCACAGGUGGAGGAACGGGCCACCAUCCGUCAGACAGACGCCGUGGCAAGGAAGCUUCAGAGAAAGAUCUCUCGAGUGCCUGGGUGUUUAGCCACAAAUCCCGCAGCUGCUCCAUCGCCCAGCGGCACCGCUAACCCUAAUCCUGUCGACAUUGCAAAUCCCGCCGCCGGGACCCGCGCCGACGCCAGCGCGGACGGAGUCUGCGGUGCCGGCGGAAGCGGCGUGGCGCGGAACGAGCGGAAGGAGCGGAGGGAGCGGAUAGAGUCGCUGGGAUGGCUGACGGAAUCGGCGCUGAUGCCGAAGAAGCAGCGCGUUAUCGAGGGAGUGAGCGCGGGCAGCCUGGUGUCGCUGCGCGCCGAGCUGUACAAGAGCCAGGAGGACGCCAAGCGCGCCAAGGAGGAAGGCGGCGGGGAGCCGCGGGUCAGGCGCGCGGGAGGCGGAGCGGAAGGGGGGCCCGGGGACCUGUUUGGGGGGAGAAACGCGGGGGUUGAAGAACGCGCGCAUAGGGACGCGCUGCAGUGGAAGGCAGAGAGGGACGUGGCGGGGCACCUGGAGCGCAAGGCAGCCAUUUACGCGCGCCUGGCCAGGGGGGAGCGCGCCGAGGGGGAGGGCGCGCAGGGGGAGGGGGCGGAUUGGGCGGGCGUGGAGGAGAAGUACAGCGUUGACUUCCUCAGGCGGGGCACGCUGGAGGAGGAGAGGCAGGAGAUGGAGCGCGAGAGGCGGGGCGAGGCAGCGCUGCUGCUGGGGGGGACAGAGGGGGAUGGGGGAGAUGGAGGGAGGGAUGGGGGCGGAGCGGCAGGUGUGGUUGCAGGAGGGGGAAUGGCUUCCACACAGAGGGAACUGAUCAGGGAGGUGAUUGAGGAGACGCGGACAGCACGGGAGAGAGCAGCGCUGCUGAAGGCCAAGAGGCAGCAGCAGGCAGAGCAGAAGAGGGAGAAGCUUCGUGCUGCCUUCCUCAAGCAGCAGCUGCUGAAGGAGAAGGCGAAGAAAAAGGAUUCAAAACAGGCAGGAGGGAAGAAUAGGGAGGAGGUCCGGGCGCUCAAAUCGACGCUGCGGUUCCUCGUGUCGAACAGCGACGCGGGGUCCAUCAUUGGCAAGGGCGGCGUCGUGAUCUCCGAAUUCCAAACUCAAUCAGGCGCCAAGAUAGUGCUGUCGCGCGCGCGAGAAUACUUUCCCAACACGACGGACCGCAUCAUUCUCCUCAGCGGCAGCGUCAGCGCCAUUCUCACCGCUCUCCACCUCAUUCUAUCCAAACUCGCUGAUGAACCGCGGCGCAACGAGCCGGGCGCGCGGGAGGGCGACGCGGAUCUGCGGAUCGUGGUGCCCAACAGAGUGUGCGGCGCCAUUAUCGGCAAAGGCGGCGCCACCAUCCGGUCGUUCGUGGAGGACUCGCAGGCGACCAUCAAGCUGUCGCCGCAGGACGCGGUGGGGCCGGGAUUCGCGGAGCGCGUGAUCACGAUAGGGGGCACGCUGGAGCAGAAGCUGCGCGCGGUGGCGCUGCUGCUCACCAAGAUGUCGGAAGACCCCACCUACGUGCAGUACGCUGACGUGCCGCUGUCUUACAUGGGUGCGCCAGGCAGGGGAGGUUACAACGGUGGCCCAGGCGGUUACGGCGGUGGGGGUUACGGGCAGGGCCAGGGCGCUUAUCCAGGUUACCCCAACCCUGGGGGGUAUGGCGGGGCUCCGUAUGGCGGGGUGAGGGGGCCGCCCCCGUAUGGCAUGCCGGGGGUGCCUCCUAACCGGGGCAAGCAGGCAGCCCCACCAAUGCUACCAGGGGGGGUGGUACCGACGACAAUCAUAGUGGCGGUGCCGGACGACCACGUGGGCGCCGUCGUGGGCAAGCAAGGCCGCUCCAUCAACGAGAUCCAACAGAACACGGGGGUGCGCAUGGUGAUAUCAGGCAGAAACGACUUUGUGGAGGGAACCAGAGACAGGAAGGUGACAAUAACGGGGUCAUCAGAGGGGGUGGUGGCGGCGCAGCACAUGAUCGCACAGAAGGUGCAGCAGAGCAUCGCAGCGAGCAGUGGGGACCAUCACGCCGCACACAGUGGGGUGGACGACGGGCCGCCGCCUGGGCUGUAG